CACUGCAUAUGCAAAUUAGCAAACACCAAACCAUUCAAUUAUUAGUUAGUGGUCAUGGCUUCUAAUAUUCCCCAAUUUCUUUUUGUUUGCAUUUUUACUUUUCUUUUCUCGGAUUAUAUUAGUUUUUGUUCUUGCCAAUUAUUCAAUAAUAGUUUAGAUGGUGGCUUAGCAGUGGCAACUUGGUAUGGAGAUCCUAACGGACCUGGCAGUGGAGGAGCUUGUGGACUAGAAGAUGAUGUAGCAAAAGCUCCGUAUAACGCCAUGAUAACUGCGGGAAAUCAAGUUCUAUUCAAACAUGGCUUUGGAUGUGGUGCAUGCUAUCAGGUCUCAUGCUCUAAACCACAAUGCUCAGGGAAACCAAUAACAGUGCCUCUUACAGAUGAGUGUCCAGGAGCAUGCAAUGAUGAUCCAGUUCACUUUGAUUUAAGUGGAACUGCCUUUGGUGCUAUGGCAAAGCCUGGUCAAGCUGACCAACUGCGUAAACUUGGAAGAAUUGAUAUUUCCUACAAAAGGGUGCCGUGCGACUACAAGCAAAAUAUUAUGUUUAAGGUUGACAAAGGAUCCAACCCUUAUUUCUUUGCAGCUGCAAUUGAAGCUGAAAAUGGAGAUGGUGCACUUUCAUCGGUCGAGAUAAAAACAGCAGGUUCAGAUAAAUGGCUUCCCAUGAAACAAAUGUUUGGAGCAACAUGGUCUGCUAAUAUUAAUCCAAACACACAAAAACCUCCAUAUUCACUUAGGUUAACUUCAGAGUUUAAGCGUCGGGUUAAAGCUGAUAAUGUUAUUCCUGUGGGAUGGCAGCCAAGAGCAAUUUACAAAUCAAAUGUCAAUUUCCCUCCAAAAUUAUAGUCUCUUUACUCUAGAGGAAUUUGAAAUUACAAAGUGAAAUGUUGGACUCAUUUGUAUGCCAACAGUAUGAUGAAUGAAUUUUUUUAGUUUUCAAGAUCCAAA